CAAGCCAUUGCUACUUAUAGUUGCCAAAAUCCUGGCCGAUAUUAAUACCGAGAUAGUGCGGCUGAAAGAUCUAAUUUCGCUGAAUUAAAUAUUUCAGCGAAAACCGGUGCGGCUCACUGAAAAUUGGCAUGAGACUUUUGAGGGCCAUCCGGACCUCUUGGAGAUAUUCCGGGGCUGGUAUGGCGUUUCGAUCGAAGGUACUCAUAUUGCCGCUCGGUUCCCGUUUUGUCUCUACGUACAAACCCAAAGCUCCUGCCUGUGUCUCGCCGCUUGUGAGCAGGGGCGACAAAUGGUCCAGGAAACCGCCAAAACUCCACCCGUCUGCACGGGUUGAUCGUUGUUAUCCCGAUAUAAAAGCCAAUCCCUUUGCAAGACCGCUUUUGUCUCCUCCACGGUUUGAUACCCUUUCUCGGAGAAAGAUCCCCCGAGAUUUCAUGUUGCCCAUGGCAGUAGUGCAGGGCGAGUCAACGAAGGCCUAUCUCAUGCCAUUCUUUGAAGAGGCUCAUGUGCGAUCAUAUGCCCCAAAUAAACGGCAGAUGGUUCGGGAUACACUUAACGCUGUUUCGGGAAAGAAAAACAACUGGAAGGUCUUUCUACCGAUGAAGGUCAAGUUGAACAAGGACUCUAUGGGGGCGUAUGACUACGCGGUCAAAGAGGAUAUGGAAGUUAUUGUCCAUGAAUACUACAAAGCGAAAGUGAUGAGGAUGGUGGAAUCACUUGUGGCCACGGGGUCAUUGCAGAAGGCGUUGUUUGGUACGAUUUCUGCCUCUGACAAGCGAGAGUUCGCUGUGUUGGCCUUUGGAGAUGUCCCUGCAGUGUCGUUUACCGAGAUACGGGGAAAGCGGGUGGCUCAUAUUGGGGUUGAAAGAAUGUGUGGAGGGGAUGUGGAACUUGUGGAGUUUUUAAAAUUGCAUUUCCUAGCUGACCGAGAAGGACCGGUGUUCUUGAAACUAAAUAAAGCCACCGGGAAGCUUGUGGCGAUGAUGGUGCGGUUUUCCAACUACAACGAGAUAUAAGUUGGAAAGAGUAUCAGAGACUGGUCUGGGUAUAUUUCAGUCAUUCGAUAUGUAAACAUAUAGUAUGACAGGAAAGUGGGGUCAAACCUAUGGAUUCAAUAA